AUGGAAAUGGAAGCACCCAACACUGGCAUGAACGAUGCUUGCCGAUUGACAAAUGACAAGGCCGUCGCGACAUGGAAGAAUGGUGGGAGAUCAAAGGUGAAAGGCUGGAUUUGGUUAGACAACUUAAUGAUAUUACGGACUAUCAGAAACCGCGAGCAGAAAGCAGUCAUGAAACUUCAAAAAGGAAGUGAGAGAGAACAACAACUUAGCUACAUGAAGUCAAAACCAAGACUUGUUGUAAUGUCUCUUAAGGAUAUCGAGUUUCUCUGCGAGAUCGGUUACAGGGGAGGGCUGAAGAUGUACUUUGAUGUCUGA